AUGCAGUGCACCGUACAAGCACCUACCCCCCGUGCUCGUCAAUGUCUGAGAGCAGAGGCAUGCUCUUCUGGCCCGACGGACACGAGUUCGUCUCGACAAUCACCAUCUGCCGCUGGCCUGUGUUGGUGUGUAAUUGAGGCACUCUCUGAGCCUUUUUUCGUUGACGCUUGGGUUAAGAUGGCAGUACCGCAGUAUGAUUCUCUCGUUCCCGAGUGUUUUGCAGCGGAGCCGCGAGAACCUACAGCAUCUCGGGUAGAAGCACUCCUGAGGCUCAAAGUCACCGGGCCUCUUGAGCAAGGCGUGCUUUCUCGGGCGGCUGUGCUCGGGCACGGCAUCGCCUGCAGUCUCGUCCGUCGGCGGCAUGGCGGACGCGUCUGCUGCCGCCGCAGAAAGCCGGGGCUAGCCCGUUGGCAUGGCGACAGAUGCCGCGGCAACACAUCGUCUAGGGCAACAGGUGUCACGGGAACUGAUGACAGGGCAACGGGUGGCAGGGCAACGGGUGCUGAGCAGCAGUGGCAGGAGCAGAGUGUAUAG